AUGGAGGCGGACGAGACGAUGGUGGUGGCGGGCGAGAGGAGGCACUGCUGGAGCGCGUCCUGUGGAGGGUGGCGACGGCCAGUCUUUGCACAAGCUAGAGUUUGGAUGUCUAGGGAUUCACCGAGAGCGACAACAACCACCAUUGGCCUUCGUGGACUCCAUUGCUGCCCCAGUUUCGUUACCGGGUUUGCUUUGGCACAUAGAGUGCUUACAGAUCAAGCCCUCUACUUGGCUGCUUUGAGACAACGGCAUGUUCUGCAGCUCGGGGAGUCGUCGGCGGCGGCAGAUGGGUCCUGCACCUUCAAGGUGUUGUGCUGCCUCUCUGCUUCCUGA